UUCACCUCAUGACCUUUGAACCACCAGUAUUGUACGCACGUCGGCCAUGCACACCCCGUCCUUUCAAAGACCAAAAUAUUCACCGUUGGCGCAUAAAAGCAACCCAGUUGUAGUCGCAAAGCAUCAGCUUCACUAAACUCGACUCUAGUAGUAUCUCGCUUCAGCAAGAACUUGAAGUCAUGCACGUCGCAUCGUUUCUCUUGACACUCCUGUUCGCCAGUGCCGCCUUCGCCGUGCGUGCUAGCUAUGACAACACCUACGACAACCCUUCGGGCAGUACGCUCACAGUCUCAUGCUCCACUGGACCUAAUGGUCUCGCGGGCCGCUUCCCAACUUUCGGCGAUCUGCCAACAUUCCCAAACAUCGGUGGUGCGGACGCCAUUGCAGGCUUCGGUUCGGCUCAGUGCGGUAGCUGCUGGAGCCUAACAUUCCCAACGACGGGUAACACAAUCAACGUCAUUGCUAUUGAUCAUGCUGGCGAUGGCUUCAACCUUAGCCAGGAGGCGCUCGAUGCACUCACGAACGGAAAUGCGGUUUUCGAUGGCGCCGUGCAAGUCAACGCCGUGCAAGUCGAUAGGUCUGUAUGUGGCCUGUAAACGGGACAACAUCUCUUCAUUGCAACUUUCCCUGUUCGUUUUAAUGCUCGAAGGACGGAAAUAGUUCGGAUAAACCAACUUAGUAGUAUUGCCACCUUGUACGAUUUGGCUGUAUAAAAUAUGAUGAAUUUGGACACGC